AUGGUAGUGGUGGUAACGACGACAGCGCGCGAAAAACGAAUGACCGCAGCGAGUGGGAAACGGACGUGGAGAACGAGCGAACGACGGUGGCCGAGUGACGACGUUACGCAGCAACAGCGCGUCGGUUUCUCCGCGUUCCGGUUACGGUGUCUUGGUGGCGGUGGUGGCGGUUAUGUCUGCGAAGCGGUUCACCCUAGCGGGCAUUUCAGGAAACGUGAAUUGUAA